GUGAGAGAGGUGUAUGUGCUCCACUACUCGCUUCAGCGAGGAGGGGGUGGGUCGGAGCUAGCAGGAUGUGGUUAAUUAUUUAAUCACUAUUGCACCCCAUACACUCGCCCGUGCUCCGUGCCAUCGAUCGUAACGCAUAGCAGGGAAACGGUUCCCAAUGGAUUAAAACAUAGUUCAGGAUCUGCUGCAGGAGUGGUGGGGUGUUCAAUUGAUCGUGUAGUGCAGAUCGUUAUUUAGCAGCGUUUCCCGAAUCAACGUAAAACGUGCAACACGCACAAAGUUCCGAUUGGUGCAAGUGGUUUUUUUGUUGAAGCGCGGGUGUGAACCGAACCACGACACCUGAGAGGAUUGAAAUUCGGCCAGCAAUGGUGGCACCAUGGCCAAUCGUUCAGUGCAUUUGGGCGUGCCGCGCGGUGCUCGCGUCAGUUCGCCGUGUGCGUGAAGAUCGGUCGGGAGAUUUCUGUGCUGCCGGUGCGCGACGACAGCCGGUGUAAUAUUGUGCGUGUGGCUUCGUUCCGGUGCGUGCUGUGUUUGUGAUUGUAACUAGUGUUGGUGUGUGUGUGUGCGCGUGUAUGUGUGCGGGAGUGUUUGCAUGUGCUCGUAAGGUGAAAAGUUAGUGAGCUCGUAGUGUCGCACCGGCUGUUACCCAUUCCCCGGUGGUGGUGGUGGUGUGUGAGUUCGGUACUCGGGGAGGCCACGGAGGUGUCAGUGCACUGGAUGGUGUGAUAGAAAGGGGGAAUUUCCCAACAAUUGCUACGAUGGAAUUGCGGUACCGGCCCGUGUCGGUUGUUCGGCUGAUGCUGCUGCUGCUGAUGGUUGGCGGCGGCAAGUGGGCGCUCGUCAACUGUGAAGGAUUCAAAGCAGAUGUGCCGACUCACCUGGAGAAGGUGCUGGUCAACGAGACGGCCCAAAUCAAAUGCGACGUCUCGUCCAAUCUCACGAACGAUCGCAUCCUGCUAGUGGUGUGGUACAAGGACAAUGUGCCGAUCUACAGCUACGAUACACGUGGACCGCACGUCAACUCGCCGUCUCAUUGGAAGGAUGUCGCCAUCCUGGAAGAUCGUGCCAACUUCAAAACGACACGCGAGCAAAGCCGGGCGGUGCUGGUCAUCAGUCCUGUACAGAAAAAGGACGCCGGAAUCUUUCGUUGCCGUGUCGACUUUUUGCUAUCACCUACGAAAAAUAGUAAUGUAAAUCUAGAAAUUGUGGUACCGCCCGAUGUACCGAAAAUUCAUAAUGAGGCUGGAGUCGUGCUUCCAUCCCACGCCGGACCCUACGAGGAGGGUGGCGAUCUGGUGCUGAUAUGCGUCGUCACUGGAGGCAAUCCUACGCCGAAGAUUACCUGGUCCAGCAACGGCAAGACGCUACCGAGUGCGAUGAUCGAUUAUGCGCACGAAUCCACGCUCAGCAGCCGGCUCGUGGUGAGAAAUCUGUCCCGCGCCCACCAGCACAACGUGUACAGCUGUCAGGCGAGCAACUUCUACCGGAGAAACGUGACGGCCAACGUGACGAUAGAGCUGCGAUUACGUCCUCUGGCGGUAGAAAUCGUUAACGGCAGCAGCCCACUGUCGGCUGAUCGGCGCUACAUUGUGCAGUGUCAGUCGGUGGGUUCGCGACCUCCGGCCAAGAUUACUUGGUGGAUGGGUGGCGUACAGCUGACAGCGACCAACCAAACGACGUCCGAGGAUGGUAACAGCACACUGGCAUCGCUCAGCUUCACGCCGACCCGGGAGGACCACGGCAAAACGUUAAUCUGCCGGGCGACGAACGAGCUGGUGAAGCGGGGGACCAAGGAAACUUCGAUGAAAUUAAACGUCUUCUAUCUACCCACCCUGAAGCUGGAGCUCGGCAUCAACAUGAACCCGGAGGACAUCGAGGAGGGAGACGACGUGUACUUUGAAUGUAAAGUGAAUGCAAAUCCGUCUGCAUACAAAGUGGUCUGGAAGCAUAAUGAUAAAGUCGUACAGCACAACUCCAAGUCGGGCGUGAUCAUGAGCAGCACCGCGCUGGCACUGCAAACGGUGACGCGUCACCAGGCCGGCAACUACACCUGCAUCGCCUCGAACGUGGAGGGUGACGGCGAGAGCAAUACGGUGGACCUGAAAGUGAUGUACAAGCCCAUCUGCCGGCCGGAUCAGAAGAAAAUCUACGGCGUCGCCCGGAACGAGGCGGCCGAGAUCCUGUGCCAGGUCGAUGCCUAUCCACCGCCGGAAUCGUUCAAGUGGUCCUUCAACAACACCGCCGAAACGAUCGAUAUGCCGCAGAGCGGAUACCGCGUGCACGCCGAGCAGGCCUCGUCACUGACCUACACCCCAGUAAAGGAGCUCGACUACGGUACGAUCAUGUGCUGGGCGGACAAUGUGGUCGGCCAGCAGAAGGAACCGUGCGUGUUUCAUCUGAUUGCGGCCGGCAAGCCCGAGAUGCCGUACAACUGUUCGCUCGUCAACCAGACGUCCGAGUCGCUGGAGGUCGACUGUGCCGAAGGCUUCGACGGUGGCCAACGGCAGUGGUUCGUGAUGGAAAUCUACGACCUGCAGUCGCACGCCCUGCUCGCCAACGUGUCCUCCAAGCUGCCAAUCUUCACCGUGAACGGGCUGGACGCCGGGCUGCUGCUCAAGAUCGUCAUCUACGCCACGAACAUGCGCGGCCGCAGCGAACCCAUCCUGCUGCAGGCGUACACCCUCAAGGCGGCAGAAAAGCAGACAGGACCGCAUGCCGAGUUCGAGCUGACGCCGAUCGUAUCGAUCGGGAUAUUUAUUGGCAUUUUAACGGUGCUUAUCUGCAUUAUAAUCGCGGUCGCGGCCGCCUUCAAGCUGCGGGCAACGCAGGCGAAACAGCACACCACCGCGACCACCACCACGGCCGGCGGCAAGCGGCCCGGUAAUCUGCCAAUUAAGGAGAAAAUCUCAUUACCGCUCAGCCAGUCGGAAGACAUGUACGACGAGAAGAACCCGGACGUUGUCCCAUCGAACGAGGAUCCCGAUUACAAAUUAAUAUCAGCAAAUCAGACACCCACAGCGCUGCAUAAUUCAUUAUGCAACAGCAAACAUGACAUUAUCGGCAGGACGAUACUAGACGAUAGCCGGAAAACGUACCUAACCGGGUCAGCUAGUGAAGUGCAUUACGCGGAGCUGGCCCUGGCAAUACCGCACGACGACACCGGCGGCAAAACGCACCUCAACAACCAUCUGAAUAAGCUGCCGCCGCCGCCGGCCUACAACUACUUCGACGAGCCGACGAUCUACGCCCAGAUCGACCACGGCGGCAGCUUCGGGAAGGGGGUGCCGCCACCGCCCACCCAAUCCCAUCCCGGGUCCACGAUAGCCGGGGUGGGGUCGACCGGCAGCUCCUCCUUCCCGCUAAUAUCACCGGUGUCGCAGCAGCAGCAGCACCACCACCAUCACCAUCCGCUCACGCUGCAGCUGCAGCAGGACGCAACGCAGCCGGCGCCCCCGCACAACCAGCAUCACGCGCCCCACACGCCCCACACGCCGACGACUGCCUCGCUGCUGCAGCUAUCGCAGCCGCUCGGGCAGCAUCCCGGUGCCGUCCUGGCGCACUCGCCACUGCAGCUGUCCCACGCGCUGCCCCAGUCACCCUCCGCCAGCCUGCCGAGCGCGAACGGUGGUGGUGGCGGCAGCAAGCAAUACCUGAGGGAGAUCGUCACCGUGCGGACGCCGCUCGCCUUUUCCCAGCAGGAAAGCUGCGUCUAAAGCUGCGUCACACGGGGAAAGGGGAAAAAGGGAGCUAGGGAAUGAAUGGUAAUGAAGGGAGAACGUGUGUGUGGUGGAAAAAAUGAGAAGAAAAACAAGAGUGAAGUAUAGAAAGAAGGGGCGAGAAUGGAAUGGCUCGAAAGGGCGCUCCACCGACGCUCAACUGCUCAAAUUACACGGUAAACAAGAUGUCCGGUGUGGCAAACUUUUCCACUGUGUUCGUUUCUCAAAUACUUAUCGUUGGGUGUUGUUUCAGAAAUCUCCCUCCUCCCCCCCUGCCCAGAUCGGCACGGCGAAAUGAGCCUUAAAAGCCCGAUGAUGAAUUGCGGCUUUGCAUACCUUUAGGCGUAGUGUUACUGAUGCCGAUGGAACGAGUAGAGACGGUAUGCAAUCCGCACGACGUAUGGUUGCUGCAAACAGAUUUCAAUUUUACCCACUGAAAACUUUGACUGCCAGACCAUGUUUGUUUAUGUUUCCCUAGCAGCCAACCACUUUAUGUUUACUUUUAACUAAUAUUAUUUUACUUAUUUUGCAUUUAUAUUCUCGAUCUUUUACCAUUUAUGGAAACUUCUAUAAAAAGGAAGAAACAAUAAUUUGCAAAACCGGUAUGCAUUAUGCAGUCAUUUAGCAUUUUGUUGAUCUUGCUGCAUAAUUUCACACUAAUACGCCUUAUCUGUUACAAGAUAUUUUGAUUUAAAGUCACUUAUCCCUGGCUAGCAUUGUAUUCUAACCAUGGUCUCCCAGGAAACAUAACUGAACGUCAUGGCUUUCAAGGUGUUAAAGCAUUUGUUUUCGAUUUCCCCGCGUACACCGUCUCAUAGUUAGGAGCUCCCAAUAUCCCACACAGAGUCCGCCACCAUUUCCUGUAUCACAGCUCCAAAGUUGCUUUAAUUUAAUUAACCAAUCUCCACGAUACUGAUCGAUUGUUAUCAAACCAAAACCGGGGUAGAACGUCUUCCUCCCCCGAAUCGCACACCGCCCGGUCCCGGAUGUGUGUGUGUGUGUGAGUGUGUACUCCUGCUCGAUUAUUUCCGGCAUGGUCAGCGAGCAUUCCGCAGUACGGAUGCGGUCGCUUCAUAAUUAAUUGACAGCGAUUCAUCAAAUCAAGCGCAGCGAAACCGCAAAACCAAACACUCCAAUGCACCGAUUGGUAUUUGAUGCCGCCAGUGAACCACAAACGUCUUGAGUUUUUUUUUCUCUCUCGUUUAACAGGAACAGUAACCAGGCUACGGGAGAGACGAUGACUUACGUUCCGACACUCCCACCUUACCUCAAUUGUUGGGUGCGGGGGGAUGCGCGCGUUGUGCGGGACGCCCUUAUUUGUAUUGGAAAAGCGCAAUCGACAUGCAAUCAGUUGUGCCAUUUGUAGUUCGCUUUCGGCCGGCGCGAUAAUUCCCGGCCAAUAAUAGUACUGAUUGUCUUGUCUCGAUUGUAACCAGCCGCGGGAAAGGGGAGAGGUACCAUGGUGGUCAGAGACCAUUUCCAGCGUUUAGCUACAAUGGUGUGUGUGUGUGUGUGUGUGUGUGUGUGUGUGUGUGUGUGUGUGUGUGUGUGUGUGUGUGUGUGUGUGUGUGUGUGUGUUUUCGUGCCGUGUGUGGGUUCGCAUGAUGGCAGCAAACCUAAGAUUAUCAUGUUUCUGCUUAAUGGAAAAUUUAUGUAGAUUUUCCCCCUAGUCGGGCGACCGGCGACACCACCUGCUCCACGCGCCACGGUGUCACUCGGUACCGGUUGGAACGAAUGGGGCUUUGCCAGAGUGGUGAAGUCCCGGGGCUGAUACUGGUUUGGUGCUCGCGUGAUUCUAGUUUCUGCCACCUCGUGCCCUUUAUCCGUUGGUUGUAUUUCGACCGAUAGGGGAGGACUGAAGGUAGGCGAAUGGAAAGUUUCACUUUCUGGUUGCAUGAUUAACGGGUGCAGCGCGCAUUUGGUUCGUCGCAAUGAAACCGCUUCAGACCAAUUGAUUGCGGUGGCAAGUUAUCGCAACGCAUAAGAUUUACGUACCGGCCGUCCAUUGGAAAAUUCCGUUGAAAGGCUCGAGAUUUUAGUUUACGAACCUACAGACAUCUUUAGGAUGCAGAAAGCAAAAGGUAUCAAUUAUUGCCCAAGGCGACUAUUUUGCAUCACAUCUUGCUCCAGCCAGCAAGUGACAGCACAAUGCUUCGAUCUCGGCAGCACAGUUCUUCAGGGUUGUUAGCACAAAGUGUAACAUGACUUACCUGCUUCGGAAACGAUUCCCCAACUGCAGAUCUAAACUGUUUUGCUCACAAAACGAACCACACGAGCCAAACUGCCCACUCACUAACGCCCCGUACCGCAAAGUCAUCCCAGUCACUGGCAGAGCAGUCGAACUAGCUCCACGAUUGCUAUCGAUGGUCGUGUGGUCGUAAUUUAUCAUUUCCCUUUCUUACGCCGACAGCUCAAACCACGUCCGGGAGGCCAUAUCAAUGCCAUGAGGCAAGCUUUGUAAUCUGAUAGCCACUGUUCUCUUUCUUUUGAAUAGAGCUACCGAUAGAGCCCGAUAUAGCCCGAUACAGCUUUCGAGGGCUGAAGGUUAAAGCAACACUUCACAACAUGCAAAAGAACAUCGGUGAACAGUUUCAAAAGCUACAGCGUCUAUUCAGAGAAGGCAAAGCUUUGCCUUUUCUACGGGUUUUUUUUAAUUUCCAAAAACAUACGACCAAUUUGCAAGCAACCGGUGAAACCGGUGGGUCCUUCACUAACUUCGAAUUAAUUGAAAGCAACGCAGCAGCGCUCCGAAACUCGUACCGACACUACACCACUGAGCCGGCCUUUUUUUCGGGGCAAACUCGCAUCCCGAAAAACACACAAAUGCACUCUCGUUAGCCGCUUUUGAGUGUGUUUUUUUGUUUUUUGUUUUGUUUUUAUUUGGGUUUCAAACCCUUUUAUCCCCACGCCCAGACUCAACAACGCCCAUAAUAUCAUCUUCAUCAUCGCCUACCAUCAUCGCGAGUGGGCUCAAUUCGCGGAAUAAUAAAGGCCCUUCGCCCUUGCUCACACUGUGCUAUGGAUACAGAGGAAGAAAAAAACUCCUUUAAUGAUGCUUGAACGAUGCAAUAAAAUGGGCAGCAUAACUCGGUUACCCGGCACACGGGAAAAUACGGUCAGGAAAUUAAAAAAAAAAAAGACAUCUACACACUCUGGUACGUUACCGCAAAGUUUCGUGAAAAGUACACUAUUUGUUGCUAUUUUCUCGCUGCAUGCAGAAGGCAAAGGUUUUCGUAAUCCGCUGCAAUAACAGCACGAAAAACUUCUCGCAGCAUCAACCAACUAUUCAGCAUCGUCUAACACUCACACACAAGCGAUACGCACCGAAUUCCCCCUCCGGUGGGACACUCAUAUUUUGCUUCACUUUAUCGACUUCCGCAGAGCUUUCGGACGAGUAUUAAAAUUAAUAAUUAAUUUAAAUAGCGCGUCCGAAACCGGCACCGGCUACUGGCAGCGGGCACCGGCACCUCUCCGACCCUGGUGCGUUUGCGUCCACUGUUUUCCCAUUGUGUCGGAAGUGCUCUCUUCAUCAACCUAAAAUGUUAUGCGCUUUUGCUUUUAGCGAGCCCGUGCCACACGUGCCCAAUAUGCGUGAUGUUUAAUGUUGGUGUCGGUGCUGUUUUGUUUUGUUUAUUGUUUUUUUUUUUUGCUUUGCUUUUAAUUCCCUCCCUUUUGUCCCGGGUCUCGUUCUCUGCUUGGUAGGGAACAUGUUUUUCGCCUUCUUUUUGCUGCUUCGUGACCGGAGCACCCCUUUUUUCGGGGGCCAUGCAAUUCGUGUUUAUUUAUGCGACACAUCGCAUUAUUCAUUUAGUGCACACACCUUUCGUUUGUUCUUUUUUUGUUUUUGUUUUGGGUUUUUUUGGAACUGUUUGCAAGCGAAACACAAAGCGAGAUGUUUUCCUUUCUGUACUUCCAAUAAAAUCAAAUUAAAUAAACACACCCACACAAAUAAAAGGAUGUGCUGCGCUGGUACUUACCCCGUGGGGGUUAUUUCCCAUUUUCUUUCUCAUUUAUUACGCUGCAUCGAUCUGGUGGCAGAGAGCGCAACGCAACAUGAAAUCUAAAGCUAUACAAUAAAGCUGGGGAAAGGCAAAGUGAUGCAUCACACAGACAAACAAAACAACGGGAAGUGAAUGAAGCAAAACCGCAUGGAAAGUAUUUCGAAAUCAAACGAAGUGUAAUGGGAAACGAACAACAAGUAUUAGUCGUGGAGAAAAUUAGCGCAAAUAUCGGGGGAGGGGUAGGGAAAAGAAACGAAGCAUUAGCGUAAGCGUACGUUAAGUAUCACCUCGCUCCAAAAACCUACUGAGUGAGCAAAGAACUGACCUUUAAUUUCUUUAAAUAAUCUAACAAACAAACAAACAAACCACACCAACACAAAGGUGCACAAACUCUCCUCCGGGCAGUGGGUGGAAACCCGAUAUGAUCCGCAAAAGUGUAAACAGUGGAAGUAACAAAAUCAAUUUAUGGAAUAAAAAAGGGAAAACCAAAACGAGCGAAAGCAAAAAAAAAGAACGAGAUAAAAACAUUUUCACACAAAUCUAAUACUUCAAAAAAAAACAAAAGAGACAAAAUCAACCUUCGUCAACACGUUGUUAGGAUUAGGGUAAUUGUGUACAUACGAGCAAACGUAACAAUAAUUAUUCUUACCAGAACCGUGCACUAGAAAAUGGGAUAUGGGAGUUACUUUGCUUUUCCGUUUGUUUUUUGGUUACGUUUUCGGUUUUUCUACGUGUAGCAUAAGAAAUGGAAAACAAAAGAAACGAGGGAAAUAUCAAUCGAUCGUACACAUCAAUGUCAUCCAUUUGCUAGGCAUCACUUUAAGCAAACAAACAAAAAACAACAGAGCACAUACACACGAUCGGAUGGCAGCGCAGCUAAGACGGGCGGGCCAUCUGUUUUAGGUUAACAAAACACUCCAACUCACACUAGGGUAGCAUUUAAUCCAAUUAUCUAUACUGUAAAUACGGUGGCGAACGAUCGAACGAUCGGGUUGGCGCGUUUGCACUCCUUAAGAUCCUUAAGGGCUCCUUAAGGGCUGCGCCCGCUGCGGUCGGGUUCCUGGUUUGCAAUCAUUCUUACACCACACACUGUCCGGCAAACGGUAAACGUAAACACACGAUCUCAACACAACACUAUCUCGAUCUCGAAACCUGCGUCGGCACGAUACUGUACAUAGUUAUACAUACUAGCGUGUAAGUGCAACCACUCAACAAAGGAAACACUCAACACUCAAACUGUGCAGGAAGGGAAUGUAAAAGUCCUACAAACAGAUGAAGCACAGCUCGGUUGCUGCAAUCUUCGCCAGCCGUAUUACUUGUUUUACUAUUUGAAAUUCUAUAAAACUAACGCACCAGAACUCCACAGGGCAGGGGCACAUUACCUGAGCUGUCACCUGCUGCAGCGGACGGGUGCGGUGCAUCUAGGGGAAAAAACCAAUCGGCGAUAAUGAUAAGUGGUGAAGGAUUCCAGUUUCUUUGAAACUUUUUAAUAAGGAAGUAAAACAAAACAAAAACAACACUAGUUUAAUUUGUACAGAAGAGACGAACGGUCGGGAAGGAGCGUGCGAAAGGAAAUGGGGAAUUAUUAUAGCAGCGGGUGAAGCGACGCUCACACAGCACGCAACGCCUACAGAAACGAUACAGCAAAUUCGUUUUUGGUUUUUUGAAAAAUGGAAAGUCGUACAGCCGUACAGGUGAAUUGUUGACGCUAUGGAUAUUGAGGGAGAAGAAAAUAACAGCAACAACAGAGAAAAACGGUCGGUUUAAAUAAAAACAUUUUUUCUAAAUUGUGAA